AUGAAGACUACUUGGAAGGACAUCCCUCCGGUGCCUACUCAGCAGGAGUUUCUCGACAUUGUGCUGAGCCGGACUCAGCGCAAACUCCCUACGCAAAUUCGUGCGGGUUUCAAGAUUAGCAGAAUCCGAGCCUUCUAUACGAGAAAGGUCAAGUUCACUCAGGAGACUUUUUCCGAGAAAUUCGGCGCCAUUUUGGACAGUUUCCCUCGCCUCCAGGACAUCCAUCCGUUCCACAAGGAUCUCCUCAACACGCUCUACGAUGCCGACCACUUCAAGAUUGCCCUUGGUCAGCUGUCGACCGCCAAGCAUCUCAUUGAGACGAUCUCCCGCGAUUACGUGCGACUUCUCAAAUAUGCUCAGUCGCUAUUCCAGUGCAAGCAAUUGAAAAAGGCUGCCCUAGGCCGCAUGGCAACCCUUAUCAAGCGCCUCAAGGACCCCCUCCUGUAUCUUGAUCAGGUCCGACAACAUUUGGGCCGUCUCCCAUCGAUCGACCCCAACACUCGCACUCUUCUGAUCUGCGGUUAUCCCAAUGUCGGAAAAUCCAGUUUCCUCCGCAGCAUCACUCGGGCCGAUGUCGAUGUCCAGCCCUAUGCUUUCACAACCAAGAGUCUGUUCGUUGGUCACUUCGACUACAAGUAUCUACGAUUCCAGGCGAUUGAUACCCCCGGUAUUUUGGACCACCCUCUAGAGGAGAUGAACACCAUCGAGAUGCAGAGUAUCACUGCCAUUGCACAUUUAAGAUCUGCCAUUAUGUACUUUAUGGAUCUCUCUGAGCAGUGCGGCUACUCUGUCAAGGAUCAGAUUCAGUUGUUCCGAAGCAUCAAGCCUCUCUUUUCCAACAAGCUCGUUUUCAUUGUCGUCAACAAAAUCGACGUGACCAAGCCAGAGGAUCUGGAUGCUGAGACCCAAGAAGAGCUCCAGGGCCUGCUGAAGUCCAACGAGGUCGAAAUGCUCCAGCUCUCUUGCAACACCCAGGAAGGUGUCCAGGAAGUCAAGAACGCAGCCUGCGAACGUCUCAUUGCUGAGCGUGUCAACCAGAAACUCAAGGCCGGUACGAACAACAGUGGCGAGAUCGGUGGACGUCUUGCGGAUGUCAUGUCUCGUAUCCACGUUGCCACACCCAUGGGAGGCCAAACUCUGGAGUCGUUCAUUCCUGAGGCUGCCAAGAACAGGAAGAAGUACGACAAGAACGAUCCUGAGCGACGCAAGCUUGCCAAGGAUGUGGAAGAGGAGAAUGGCGGUGCUGGUGUUCACAACGUCGAUAUGCGCGCCGACUGGAUACUAGAGAACCCAGAUUGGAAGUACGAUGCCAUCCCCGAGAUCUUUGAUGGCAAGAAUGUGUAUGAUUUCAUUGAUCCCGAUAUCGAGGCCAAGCUGGCUGCCCUGGAAGAGGAAGAGGAGAGGCUCGAGCAAGAAGGCUUCUACGAAUCCGAUGAGGAUAUCGAUGAUGAGGAAGCUGCCGAGAUCCUCGCCAAGGCUGAGCAGAUCGAGGAGCAAAUUGCCCUCACCAGAAACGAGGCCAAGAUGAGGAAGACCAAGCUCAAGAACCAGGCCAUUAUCCCCCGCAAGCUGCAGAAGAAGAAGCUGUCAGAGCUUGACGACGCCCUCGACCGCCGCGGUGUGGAUACCACAGAUAUCAUGGAGAGGGCUCGAUCCAAGUCCCGCCCCCGUGGCCGCUCAAUGACUCGAAGCCGCGCUGGCACCGAGGACGCUGACGCCAUGGACGUCGACAGCACCCCUCGGGAUCGCCUCCGCUCCAAGAGCCGAGCACCCACCACCAACCGCAGAGAGGACGGUGUCCAGGAUGAGGCCACCAGGUCCAAGGUCGAUCGUCUCGCCAAAUUGCACCAGAAGAAGAUGAACAGAAUGGCUCGCCAGGGUGAGGGCGACAGACACACUACCGCAUCUCUGACGAAGCAUUUGGUUACUGGAAAGCGCGGUAUGGGCAAGACCCAACGGAGGUAG